UUUUUUUUUUAUUUUUUUUUUUAAUUUUUUUUUAUUUAAAUGGUUUUUUUUUUUUUUUUUUUUUUAUAUUUAUUUUUUAUAUAUAAUUAUUUUAAUACAUACAGUUUUUUUAUUUCAUAUUAAUAUUUCUUUUUCUCAUAUUCUUUAUUGUUCAAAUUUAAUCAUUGUAUAUUAAUAUUUAGUUUUUUUUUUACAAUCUUUUUAUCAAUUAAAAAUAAUUUCUUUUCAUAAUAAGAAAAGAUACAUAACUCAAAUAUAUAAAUAAAAUGGCAAAUUUUUCAUCAGAUCUCUUACCGCAGACUCCUCGUUAUCUUAAAGUACCAUUAAUCUUUUUAAAUUCAAUAUUAUGGAUACUUGGAUUGGUAUUGUUAGUUAUGGGUGCAUUUGCAGUAUCAUUCUUUUCAAAUUUUAAAGAUUUUACAAAUGCAGCAAAUGCUAAAUCGGCUCUUAGUAAUUUAACUACUAGUGCACCAGCUGGUAUAUUGGUUAUUGGUAUAUUCUUUGUAAUUUUAACUAUUGCAGGAUGUUAUGUCGCUUAUCGUGAAAAGUUGGUUGGUCUUGUAAUUUACACUUUGUUAAUGCUUGUUCUUUUAGUUGCUUUAAUUGGUGUUGGUGGUAAAGCUUUAACUCUUAAAAACGAUGAUAUUCUUAAAACUGUUGGCCAAAGUUGGUACGAUGUUUCAAAUGGUCCAAAGAAUUCUACUAUCACUAAACUCGAGGAGUUUUUGGGAUGUUGCCGUUGGAACUCAAGUGAUACUGAAGGAGAGAAAUUAUGUCCAAAGGAUAAAUCUGGUGUAAUUAAAACUCAAGGUUUCUGUGAUAAAAUUAUUGAAAGCCAAAUUCCAUCAAAAUUAUAUCUCGUUGGUGCCUCUGGUGUUGCAAUUGGUGUAAUUGAAUUAGUUUGUAUGUUAUUCUCUUUAUUCUUAAUUAUUCGUAUUUGCAGAUCACCAAGAUCAAAAUCAUACGAUCAGUAUUAAUAAAAAAAAUAACAAAUAAUUAUUCUUUUUAAAAAUUAAAAAAAUAAAUAAAUCAAAGUUUUUAAUUAAAUAUUUUAAUAUGCUUAUUUCAUUCU